AUGGGUGGCAUAGGUAUUUGGUGUAUGCACUUUAUCGGCAAUCGUGCCAUCGUUCUAGCUGAAGGCCAGUCAGACGUGCAAGUCCUAUACAAUGUCGCAUUCACAGGUACUUCCUUUGUCCUCCCCGUGGUGGUCCUGCUAUUUGCCUUCUACGCCGUGGGCGUCGAGGAGAAGGCAGGCUAUAUUCGCAUCCUCGUCGGAGGCCUGCUCACGGGUAGCUCUGUCUGUGGUAUGCACUACGUUGGUCAACUUGGAAUUUCGAACUACAGGUGCUCAUACCAUGUCGCCAACGUCGUGGGCUCGGCGAUCAUUGCUAUCUUCUCCAGCACUGCCGCCUUGGGCAUCUUCUUCCGAUGGAGAGCAUCUUGGACGGAUAGCUGGUGGAGACGAGGGAUCUGUGCUUGCCUAUUGGCGGGUGCUGUCUCAGGCAUGCAUUGGACUGCAGCUGUGGGAACGGUCUAUCUGGAUCACAACCGCGGGAUCAUCAAGGGAACUCAAUUGUCGAGGAGUCAGGUUGUCAUCAUCUGCACUGUUCUGGCCUGUGUGGCAUGUGUGGUCUUGUCGAUGUGCGCGAUCGUCGCUGGGCGAAAUCGCAGAAAGUCGACGACACGUGCCCAUCAGCUUGUUCUCGCCGGUGCCUACUUUGAUCCCACUGGACGAAUCAUGGUUACAACGCAGGCUUUGCUUCCGACAAAAAAGAUUGUUGAUCAUUAUAUCGGACGGACAUUCAAAGACGACGACCUCACCCGCACCCACCCUACGUUUCUAUGGGCCUUUAGGGCAACUCGGAACUGGCCUGUCGUGAAAGAUCUGGUUCCCUUCAUGCGCAAUCGCCUGAAUUCCGAAGAAAGUGCCAUUGCGAAACACGUGCUAUCCCGAGGAGUGUUUAUGGACAACGACACGGAGUUGAAAACUGACUUUGAUACCCUGUUCAAGCAACUCUUCUGUGUCACGGCCCAAGAGCUCUCAAAUGAUCUUUCUCUGCCUCUCCAGGAACUAGGUACACUCUACGACGAUGUUAUCUCUACUGCUAUCCCCAUCUCUCGGAUUUCUCGAGCCAUGGGCCGCUCGUCCCUCCGCACGGGCAAGGGCCAAAUCAUGUUCACUGUUCGCCAGCUACAGAAACAUGAAGCAGUACGACUGGGAUCACUGGGGUUCCGGUUCGCCACCAUCGAGCAUGUCACAGGCAUGCUUUCCCGACGAAUCCACGUUCCCGAAGCAAACUUGGCCGCCUCCCUGCGCGACAUGCGUGACUACGCAAGCUCAAAUCGUGGCUUUGAUGAGGGGGUACACCUCGUCUCCUUCAUGAUGCGUCCAACAAUCCACGAUCACUUCGAGAUCCUCACCGCAAAGGGCAUCGGUAACCCCCUCCCUUCCGCAACCCUCCCAAUCAAGCAACUUCAAGUCCAUCACCGGGAACUAAUCUCCCACAUGGAAGGCUGGUCUAUGGACUCUUGCAUACGAUACCUCCAGUCAGCCGCCGCAGCACAAUCCUUCCCUAAUCUAGCCGACUUCCGCGCCCACCUCACCAGUUCCAUCAGGUCCCUCUCAAACACCAUCCCCGAAGACCUGCGCGCAGCAGCGCAACUCUCCUCCCGCCCAUUAAUAGCUCCCUGCCGCAGUAGACCCUCCAACCCAGAAACCACCCUACAAAACACCUGCACCCUCCUAGCCUUUUGCGUCGUUGGCACGCUCGACACCCAAAUCUCCAACGAAGACUACACCUUCACACCCUUCCGCCUCUUCCGUGUCCAGCAACAAGUAAACGAAGCCCUCACAGACCGCGAUGACUUCGCCCGCGAACUGGGCCAAGAACUCUUCUGCACCGACGUGCGCUCGGGCUCGACCGCUCACGAGAAUGAUCUUGCUUCCACGGCUAAGAUGGCCAUCCUCCGUCUGUGGCCAUCACGCAAGAGCUCGCCGACUUUGAACUCGGGCUCCGGCUCACGACACUCACAGGAGUCGAUUGUAGAUCAUACCGCGACCGCAUUGCGGGAUAUCACUGUUCGAAAGGAGGUUCGGGUUGAUUUUACUCACCUUCUUGAGAAGUCGAACCAGAACAUCCUCGGUGUCCGGGACGCGAAGCCGGUCAUUGUCGGAGGGGCUGAGACUACACCAACGACUUAUGUCGAUGAGUUGUAUAGUCUUUGCUAUGCGCCAGGUAUUCGGAUGAGGCCUGAUGCGUCGUUGCAGAAUGUCUCACGUGGAUCGACUGCAUGUUGA